GUCUGUAAUUUAUUUCCUCCUGCGCCAACGACCACGCGCCUCAAAGACAGAGCUGGAAUCUUCACGUUUUCUCCUUCGCCAUUUCCGUUCUUACUCUUUCAUCCUUUCCCUCUUCGCCUUCACACUCUUUGACCUCCACAGAAACCAAGCAAUUCUUCAGCUCCAUCUUUUUUCUUUCUUUUUCUUUUCUUUUCUUUUUUUUUGUCCGCAACGAUUUUUUUUUGAUACCCAUUGAUACGUACGUCCUCACAUUCCUUUAACCUUGUUCCUCGAUUUAUUUUUCAUUCUCUGGACUCCAAAUGCUUCACACCCACACGACUGGGGCUUCCCCUAACACCACAUCCACACCUACCACGCGGCGGAGAGCCAUCUUCGGCGCCAUCUUCCCGCACUCCCAGCCCCAGCACGACCAGCACAGUCCUGUCCACCCUCACCUCCCUGUUCAUGAAUACACCACAAAUCAAAGCGCCUCAGAGUACCCACCAAGCGGUACCACUGCGCCCAACAUGGUCACCCCAUCAGCACGAGCCCGACGCCAAAACCGCAUCUCUACCACAUUUGGUGGACCCGGUUCCGUAUGCGGUUCAGGGUCCGGCUCUUCCCAAUCAACUUCCGCACCUUCUUCCCCAUCGUCGCCUCUCACAACAUUAUUCGAGACCCUCACUCAAUCUCCCACGACUCUGACGAAUUCCUUCCCUGCCCUUGCUGGGGAUCGGGAAGAUGUGUUUCAGUACUCUGAUCUUGUAAGUCAACAUCCGCUUUCAAACUCGCCUACAUCCGGCACGAGCCCGCUUGAGAGUGGGACUUUUGGUCUGGAUGUCGAGGCGAUCAAUGCUGUUCGACAGAGGCAGAAACGACAACAGCAAGGAAGAGAGGGGAGUGAUAACGACACGCCGAUCAUGUAUUCUCAUGAGGUGCAGCGUGAGGGAGCACAAGCAGAUCAGACGACAACAUCCAUGGCGUCGUGGUCACCGACGCUUGAGGGGCAUAGGGCACGGUUUACGUUCGGGUACGACGAUAAACUCGUCAAAGAGGUCCAGGAUGCCUUCCCGUCACCACCGUCGCCCAUGGCUACUGAUACUACGAGUACCCAUAUCCCACACCCAAACAACUUCAAGAAGGAUCGUUUCACAGCUGAACUGCCACCCUUGCCGCUAUCAUCCUCGGUCCAUACACCCCGGAUUCACUCCACAAGUUCUACCAAUCCCGCAGCUUCAUCAACGACAGGAAUGGGCACUGGAAAAGCGACGACGGUCGCAGGGCUGUUCCGUAGCGCCACUUCUUCCAAACGCCGAUCGUACCUCUCUUCCACAGAUUCCACAACACCGCCACCUACUGCGGGCACCAAUCACAACUACAUAGACAGCCACAACAAUAACGCCCAUGAACCAUGGCACCUACACGUUUUACCGGUCCGGUCCAGCAGCCGGCGCUAUACCGCGUCAGCCAUCAAGGACGGUCCAUUGAAUGCCACUACAUCUUCUGCAACACCCCCAAGCCCACGCAUCCGUACCAAGAACCGACUCUCCUUCUUGGCCAGCAUGCUCUUGUCCUCGUCUUCUUCGGCUUCACCGACCGCAUCUACAGGUCCGAACAUUCCAACGGAUCUGACGAACACCUCUACCAAACCCCUCCCGCCCGUGCCUUCAUACCUUUCCAACGUCCCUCUCUCGGAUUUGCCAAUCACAACAGAAAUACUCGCGCAAGACUCAACAGAGACUGUUACCGCAACCAUGUCAUCAAUACCACCAUCGCGCAAUGCCUACUCCCUCGACUCAUCCUCCCUGGCCCUGCGCCCAAGUACGACCACGACCCCGAUCAACAACAACAUCAUCCGCACGCGAUCCCACUCCGCCACCAGCAAGAGCAUCCUCUCGCUCACCGACAGUAACUUCCUCUCCUCCGCCCCCACAAAAUCCCGUCCUCGUCCAUCCGUACUCCCUCCUCCAGUCGUGCCUGCAGCUAAACCCCCACCUCUACAGACACAACAUCCACCUCCACCACUCUCAUUCAGCUAUCCUGAAGCCCAUCUUCCACAACAGACAUACCGCCCAUACGACCCACAGUAUUGUGCACAAGAACACAUUCACCAGAUCGCCGCCAUCCCCGGCCCGAUCUCCGCAGCUCCCUCUGGUACAUCCACAGCCUCCGCUGGGGGAGAAGGUGGUAGUAGUGGAGGAGAAAUAGAAGUCCUCCAAGCAAGUCCCGGAGGAUCAGGAAGAGAAGACGAACAUCAUCCGUCCCAGGAAUCACUCAUGGUCGCCUCCCUCUCCGAAACGACCUCGGUUCCCGGAAACUAUCGUCCUCAUCAGGUCCAGCAUGGAGAUAAGCAAGCACACGGCGCAGAUCAACAACCUGCUUGCUCGCCUUCUUCCUCACCAAGCUCGACAUCGACUGUCGAUGCCAAGGGCGAUAGUAGUAAUAGCAGUAAUAGUGGUCAAAAGAAGAACCGUACGAAAAAGAAGAAGAAGGGUCGUUGCAUCACGCUUUCCAUCUUCAACUUUUUCAAUAAAAAAUAACAUG